GUUGUUGCCAGAAAAAUGGCGGCACCGAUGCUAGUGGAAUUGGAUGCACAGGAGAUAUCCAAGCUACCGAAAAACAUUCAACACAAACUUGAGAAAAUCCUGUUAGAUCAACAGUAUAAGAUCGAUUUGUUGAAAUCACAACAGGAACAGUUUCGUGUUGACAGCGAGCAACAGUUUUUUGAAAAAGUUAAGCAGCUUACCCAAAGCCAGGAAGAGUUUUUGACUCAAACUCAAGAACAUCUUAAACUCAAAGAUGAAAUCGCCAAACUCGGUGAGGAGCUCAAAAGUGUACGUGAAAAGAAUAGGGAAUAUGAAUCUUCACAGGAUAAGUUUUCAUCAGAACAGACUUUGCUGUCGAAAGCCAAAGAGGAGCUGGAGGCAGAAAAACGAGAACUUGUGCGGACACUGGAGAGAAGGUCCCUGGAAGUCGAGCAUUUAAAUGAUGACCUGAGGCAGCUCAAUGAUAAGCUGACGGAAGUCAGCGCCUCUAAAAUGGGCCUGCAGAUGAAGAUAGAUGAACUGGAAGCUGCAGAAGUGAACAUCAAAUAUAAGGAGAAGCGCAUGGAACAAGAGAAGGAACUUCUGCAAGGUCAAACAUCUUGGUUGAAAGAGGAAUUGAAGGCCAAAACUGAAGAACUGCUGUGCUUGUCCCGGCAGAAGGGUAACGAGAUUCUGGAGCUUAAAUGCACCCUGGAAAAUAAAAAAAAUGAGGCAAGUUUUUUAUUCUUUAAUCUUUAUUUACAGAGUAGUAAUGUAGUAUAUUUAGAAAGCAUUAUAACUUGGCAGAUGAAUAAACUUCAAGAACAAGUGGUCAGUCUGACUAAUUCAAAUGAGCAUCUUCAGAAACAAAGUGAAGACAUGACCAGCAAGCUGAGAGAGGCAAAGGAACAACGGGCAACCAUGGAGGAGAAGUUCAGAAAUGAGCUUAAUGCCAAUAUUAAGCUUUCCAAUUUAUACAAGGGAGCUGCUGCUGAUUCUGAUGCCAAAAGUGAGGAGCUGAAUCAGGCAGUGGAGGAACUGCAUAAGCUGCUGAAAGAUGCAGGAGAAGGCAACAAAGCUCUGGAGGAAAAGCUACAAGAAAUGAAUGACGCCAAGGAGAAAGCUGUAAGUGAGUUCAAGGACAGGAUCCAGAGCCUUGAGAAAGAGCUGGAUAACGCCAAUGAACUGCUGUCAAGUUCUAAGCUCAGAGGCCCUCUUGGAGCAUCUGUGCUGACAGAGGAGCAGCUGACGACAAUGUCUCCAACAGCAGCUGCCGUGUCCAAAAUAAAACCUGGAAUGAAGCUUACCGAGUUAUACACGGCAUACCUGGAGAGCCAGGAGCAGCUGCAGCUGGAGCGUUUGGAGAAUAAGAGGGUCAACAAGUACCUGGAUGACAUUGUGCAGGAAGUUGAAGAGAAAGAACCCAUCCUCAAAAGACAAAGGGUUGACCAUGAGCGCAUGCAGAAGUCAGUGGCCAGUCUGUCUGCCAAGCUGGAGCAAGCUGUCAAGGAGGUGCACCGUCUGCAGAACGAGGCAGACGAAGCCAACAAACGCUCAUCUAUGCUGGAAAGGGACAACCAGAGGUUUGAACUCCAGCUAGCCGAUAUGGCUCAACAGGUCCGUGUCCUGCUGAUCGAGCUUGAAGAAGCCCGUGGAAACCAUGUGCUUCAAGAGGACGACGUCGACUCGGCUGAUGUCAGCAGCACAUCAGAUGUGAUCAGCCAGCACUUGGUGACCUUCCGCAGCGUUGAGGACCUUCAGAAACAAAACCAGCGUCUUCUUGUAGCCCUCCGGGACCUCAGUGAAGCUCAGGAGAAAGAGGAAUUUGAAGCUUCUGGCAAUAAGCGUGGAGAACUUGAGCAGAGUUUGCAAAAAGCUCAGACCGAGUUGGAAUCCAUAAAGGAGCAACGCAGCCAGCAGAUAAAGAUGACCGAGGCUAUCGUGAAGCAGAGGGACAUGUACCGGAUGCUACUGGCUCAGGCAACAGGAGUCACCUUCCCACAACAAGGUACCCCGACUGAGGAGUUCUCUCUGACCUCUACCCCUCGACGUUCACCAGCAGCCACCCCCACCGCAGGGACACCCACUGCUCUGGUGUCCAUGGCUGCAGAUUCUGCUGAAGCAUUGGAGGCUAAGGCAGCUUUGCGACAAUUGCAGGAGGUGUUCUCCACAUACAAGAAGGAGCGAAUGGAGAGUGACAAGACAAUGACCAAGCAGAGUGAAAAGCUCCAGGAGCAACUCUCUGUUCUUCACUCUCAAAACGCUAAGAUAUCCACUCAGCUAGAGUUUGCCUCCAAAAGGUAUGAAAUGCUCCAGGACAAUGUGGAGGGCUACAGGAAAGAGAUUGCCUCUCUUAGAGAGAAAGAGCAGAAAAUGGCAGCUGCAACGCAGCAGUUUGAGCAGACCAUCCACACACUGAACGAGGAUCUUAAAGCUGCCAGGGAGAAACUCACCAUGGCCGACGGUCACGCCGAGAGCCUGCGCAAGGAGAGAGACAUGUUGAGACUGGUGGAGUCCAAGCUGAACCAGGAGAGAGAGACGAUGCUGAGCCAGCAGCAGAGCCAGAACCUGUUGCUCACCAAUCUGCACGCAAUUCAGGCCACUCUGGAGCGUUCUGAGACUGAUACACGUCAGCGUCUCAAUGAGCAGCUGGAAAAGCAGGAACGAGAGAUUUCCCAGCUGCAGAAGAGGCUUGAGCAAGAAGUAGAACAGCGCCACCUGCUCAGCAGAAACCAGGAGAUCCAGGUGAUGGAUGUAAAGAGGCAGUUAGAGACACAAGCAGCCUUGCAUCAGAAGACAAAGGAUUUGCUAAAUGCAGCUGAGUUGGAGCUCAAAACUCUCAGGAUGAAACAAGGCAGCUUGGAAGCGCGCCACAGUCUGAGCUCGCCUUCCACACCCAUUAUGCGAGGCCUUCAGGCUUCAGAUCAAGACAGAGAGGAGCUUCAAGGACGCCUCCUGCAGGCUGAAGCCAGAGCAGAGGAGCUGGCAGAGAGCCUGAGGGCAGCCACCUCCAACAUGGAGCAGUACAGAGCCAUGGCUCAAAGCCUGGAGGAGUCUCUGGACAAGGAGAAACAGGUGACAGAGCAGGCUCGCUCAUCCAUUGAAGCCCGUUUGAAGGAGGCUGAGGAGCAGCGCCACAGGCUGGAAGAGAAGUUCCUGGAGGCCGAGAGAGAAAAGAGAGAGAUUGAGGAACAAAACAGGAAAGCUGUGUCCACUCUUGAAGAGCAGCUCAGUAGCUUGCAGAGGAGUCUCAGCAGUGCCCAGGCUGAUCACCAGGCCGCGCUACAGCGUGUUGCUGUAGCAGAAGCCCAGCAGCAGCAGGCUCAGCAGGACAGCCAGGAGCAGGUUAAGCUGGCAGCUGAAGCUCAGGACAAAUAUGAGCGGGAGAUGAUACUGCACGCUGCUGAUGUGGAGGCCCUGCAGGCCGCCAAGGCUCAGGUCGUCCAGGCUCAAGAAGUCAGACACCAGCUGGAUGAGAGAGCCCAGAGGCUCAGUGCUGAAUUACUAGAGACCAGAGUCUCCUGGGAGGAGCAGGAAAAGAUCCUGAAGGAGGAGAUGUCUAAGAUGGAGAGCCGCUAUGAUGAGUUGCAGCAGCAGAACACCCUCCUGCAUGAUCAGGUGCAGAAAAUGAGCAGCGACAUGGCUGCUAAUAUGCAGCGGGCCAGUGAAAGCUCCCUGAACAUAUCACUGACGGAAGAGGGAAAAUCUCAAGACCAGCUUCUCGAGAUUCUCAGAUUUGUGCGUCGGGAAAAGGAGAUAACAGAAUCUCGUUUUGAGGUGGCCCAGGGGGAGAGUUUACGUUACCGCUUGAAAGCAGAGCACCUGGAACAGGAGCUCAAAGAGGCGCAGGAGAAUUUGAAUGCUGUAAAGGAGAAAAUGCAGGUGACUGCAAAGACGCUGGCUCAGCACGAUGAGCUAAUGAAGAAAACUGAAACAAUGAGCAUCCUUAUGGAGACCAACAGCAUGCUGAGAGAGGAGAGGGACAAAAUGGAGCAGGAACUACAGAAAAGUCAAACCAAGGUGCAAAAUCUUGAGUCGGACAUCAUGCCACUGAGGCAGGCUAACUCUGAGCUGAGUGAGAAAAGCGGCAUGCUGCAGGCAGAAAAGAUGAUGCUGGAGGAAGAAAUAAGGCGCUGGAAAACUCGGACUCAGCAUUUGGUGAGUCAACAAAAAGACUCGGAUCCUGAGGAGUACAAGCGUCUGAAUUCUGAGAGAGAGGGGCACCUAAAACGCAUCCAGCAGCUCACUGAGGAGAACAGCAGACUUAAAGCAGAGGUCGUCAGAACAAAUAAUCUUACAACAUCACUGCAGGGCCAAAUACAGGGCCUGCGUGACAAUAUGAAUAGAUUGUCUGAAGAGAGGAAUUCACAAAAGAGGGAAUUGGACACUAAGAACCAGGAACUCCAGGAAAAGAUGCGAACCAUCACCCAGGUCAAGAAGAUUGGACGGCGCUAUAAGACGCAGUAUGAUGAGCUGAAGGUGGCCCAUGACAAGCUUGUUGCUGAGGCUGCAGUCGCCCCAUCCCAAGAUGAUGAAGCACGUCAAGCCUCAGUUCAAGAGCUACAGACUGUCAAAGAUUCUCUGAGUCAGGCUGAAAACAAGACCAAGGAGCUGGAGGGACAGUUGGAGACCAUUAACAAGCAUGUUGACAGUGGCCAAUGUUUGCUGCAGGUGGUCGCAGAGCGAGAGGCCGAGUUGCGUAAUGCCCAAGAACAGUCUUCCAGGCUGCAAGCAGAAGUGACCAGGGUGCGGCAGGAGCUGCAGGAUAAGGCUUCUCAGGAGGACACGUUGAGACAGCAGGUGGCCGAGAAGGAGGAGAAGACCAGGAAGGCCCUCGUUAAUGCAAAGCAGAAGAUCAAUCUGCUCACGGCUAACAAAGACCAGCUGCAGAAAGAAAAUGACGAAUUAAAGCAGCAGCGGGAGGAGAUGGAGGUGCGAGUAAGUGCCCUCAAGUCUCAGUAUGAGGGUCGUCUCAGUAGGCAGGAGAGGGAGCUCAGAGACCUGCGAGGUCACCAGGAGAGACAGGAGCAGAGAGACGAGCCACCAGAGGCAGGGCCCAGCAAGACUCAAGAGCAACAAAGGAGCACAGAGCAGAGGCAGAUCAGUCUAAAGACGACACCAGCUGCAGACAGGGGAAGUGCGAGCAUCUCAGAGCCUCCAACUGCCAACAUUAAGCCAACACCCGUAGUCCCUACUGGCAGCAAGCAGCCUGUCAACCCUGGAAACAAACCCACUCCAAGAGCAAGCAUCAAACCCAUGAUCACCCCAGCAACCCCAACACCCACAGCCACAGUUAUGCCCACCACACAGGUGGAGAGCCAGGAAGCCAUGCAGUCGACCGAAGGCCCCCCCGUGGAGCAUGUGACCGUGUACGGCAGUGCCAGCGGCUCGUUGCGCUCUGCCAGCCCAAAUGUCCAGACAACUUUGGCCACCCCCAUGUUAACUGUCCAGCAGACCCAGACACAAGCCACGGCAUUUGUUCAGCCAACACAGCAACAGUGUGUGACCCAUUCAGAACCAGCCAAUCGGGAGCCGCCGCCUGUGGUGAUCGAGGCAACACCUAGCUCCCAGGUGGAGAGGCCUUCAACGUCCUCCACGUCCUCUGUGUUUGGCACAGUUUCAGCAACACCUGGAACCUCUGCCAUGUCUAAGAGGCCUCGUGAAGAAGAGGAGAGCAGCCCAGUGGUUACUGACACUGAGGCAACACAAGAAGAUGCUCCUCGGGGUCCCAUAUCAAAGAAGCUGCGCAUGAUCCAGAGAGUUGGUCCAGAGGAGGAGGUUCUGGCUGAGGAGAGCGCUGAGGCUGAAGGGAUGGUGCCAACGGACAGUCAGGAUGCUACUGAAGCCAGCCAGUCGAUGGAAUUUUCUACGCUGGAGGAGGGAGAUGAAAGCGUAGCCUCUCAGUCCAUCCCAACGGAGCAGGAGGUGACCCGAACCCAAAGUGAGACCCCAGAACAACUGCAGCAGGAAGUCAUCGUCAUACUAACUGACUCAGACAGUGAAGAUGAGCAGGAAGAGGAGGAUGAAGAGGAGGAGGAGCAGGACUAUGAAGAAGAGGAGGAGGAGGAAGAGGAGGAUGAAGAAGAAGAGGAGGACGACGAUGAAGAAGAUGAAGAGGAAGACGAUGGCGGAAUGGAGGAAGAGGGAGAGGACAGCAACGAGGGGAGCGGAGAGGGCAACGAAGCCUACGAAGGAGACGACACAGAGGGAGCUGACGUAACGGAUCCGGGCACUGAGACAGAGGAGAGUUUGGGGGCGUCCGAAUCCACCCAGAGGCCCGCAGAUUCCCAGACUCCUAGCUUGGAGGGGAGCACAAUGGAGGCCUUCUCAUCAGAACAACCCAUCACAAGUUCAGGAACACGCAUGCCCCAGUCACCACGGAGACCGGUGCAUCAGCUGCCCCCCCGGCUGAACAUCCACGCCGCCCCGACCUCGGAGCUGGGGCCGCCUGCUCAGGUGCAGCGUAUUCCUGUCCGCCGCCAGUCCGCGGGCAGACUCACCUCAGGGAUGCCAGCCACCACUCAGCAGCAGCAGCAUUUCUUUGAGGAGGAUGACAGAAUGGUUCCCAGCACUCCCACUCUGGUGGGGCCUCAUCGCCCGGAUGGUUUUGAUCAAGCUAUCCAUUCUCCGCAGGUGGCCGGGGUUGCUCGCUUCAGGUUCGACCCCUCAGAGGAAAUGCCCCAGACCAGCUCAUCCUCACACUCUGAACUUGGACCGCUCGCAUCACAAGGUCUGUUUGAAAGUUCCCUGUACUUGGCGACUCACGAGGAGGAGUCGGGUGGGCGCAGCGUUCCCACCACGCCGCUCCAAACAACAGCACCAGUAACAGUCUUCUCUGAGGCGGCGCAGUCUGACUCAGCCGAGCACGCCUCCCAGUCGGUUCCCAUGGUAAGCACGUCCACACCAGGCCUUGUUGUGCCUGGAGCAGCCAACACAGGGGAGGAGAGAGAUGAUAUCUUCCUGGAGCCAGACACUGAUAGACCCAGUGCUGAAGCAUCGGUGGAUACUGUGGUGUCCCAGGGAGACUCGGAGGAAUCCAGCCAGCCACCAGACAAGGCCAGCCUCCCCUCCACCAGCCAGGAGCCUUCAUCCAGCUCUGCAGACACUAGCAGCGCCCCUCCGAGGCCGUCCCGACCCGGAACCAGCCGACAGCUGCAGCGCUGGCCAGAGAGCCGUGGGGGGCGCAUGAAGAGAGGAGGUAACAUCAAUUUGUAUCUUCUAGUGCUGAAGCUUCUCAGCAGGUUGACAGAAAACUAA